AUGGAUCAGAAUAUGCCCCUCGGAGUCCCUAGAGAAAGACGUAUCUACUUUGUCAAAGGUAUAAGAGAAUUCUCUGAACCUUGCCAUCUUAGAAGCGAACAAAGGCAGAAGAAAGCAGAGAUUGCUACGGACGAGAACGAACGUCUGAAAAGUCGCAAAUUUCAAGAGGUAUUUGAUGGGGAAGAGCAUAUCAUUCUACAUGGGCCAUGCUAUGUUCCGUCUAUCAUAUCGGAUCCAGAAGCCCCCAAGAUUCACUUGACGAAUGGCCAAGAGCUGGGCUAUUUCUCCGUUAUCGAAGACGACUUUAUAAAGGGAUUAAUUGGUCCCAUAGAAGAAAGACUUAGGAUGGACAGAGAUGACCUUUAUGUAGCCUGCAAUUCACAUAGCCAGACUGCACGACUGAGCAUUCCAUACACUGAAGCUCAACCUGAAAAAGCACAAAAUCUAGACAAGUUUCAAGAAGUUGAACAAGAGCAGAGAGACAGGGUACAGAGUCUUCUAUUUCAGCGGCCCAACCAAAAGCACGCUUCAAGUGCCUUUCACGUGGAUAAAAAAAGGAACCAGUCAAUCCAAAAUUGGUUGAGCUCCCUAAAUAUCUCUCCUGACAUGACUGACACCCAAUUUGAUCCUCCAGACCCCUUAGAAGUCUUGCAUAAUAUGCUGGAAAUGACAAAAUCAGCAGAGAUCUACAAGGCCUUCUACGCUCUGAAGCAUGGUCUUCUCGAAAUUGGCGGCGAUACAGGGGAGAUCGGAAUUUAUCUUCGCAUCCUCUGGAAAAGGGAUAAUCCAGAUCAUUUCUACCUCUAUGUAGGCCAGAGUAUUCAAUUGAUUCAGCGACUCAAUGAUCACCGGGAUCCAAAGUACAGGCGGCUGAAUCCAAGUCUACAUUAUUUUAUCUGGGAUCUUGGAUUGAUAGAUCCGGAGUGUCAAAUGGAUGAGAAAUUUGUUUUUUUAUCUAUAGUUGAAGGAGAUGUGGAUCGACUCCUGUUGAACCUCUUAGAGAUGUGGUGUUGUCUUAUUCUACAAACAUUUACCAAAAACGCUCUUCUAGCCUAUCUUCCACAGGGAACAGUCGGCCCUCGCGGUGGAAUGCAUCUGAAUGUGGCGUUGCCUAUUUAUCAGAGCACCAGGGGUGAUGCUGUCGUUGACACACUCCACGGAGAUCUUCACCACUCAAAUGACCCUUUCGUGCAGCAAUACUAUUCAAGUCUACGAAAAGGAUUUUUUGGCCUCAAAAAUUCGCCCAAUCCUGCAAUGCAGGAAUACUACCGUACAACAAUGCGCAAUGGCCAAGUCAAAAAGUCGAUUACUUUACCCACCAAGGUUGUGGAAAAGGCUCUUCAGGGAAUGGAGGUUGUCAUACGCACUCGAGCUAACUGCUACGAACAGAACUUCACUAUCUCUCAUUUUACCUUCAAUAUUAGCCCAAAAUGGGUUAUACUUAACAACGAUGACAUUGUCAUAGUUCGGUGUGACCUUCAUGAUGGUGUCCACCCACAUCGUUAUGCAACAACAUGUCAGGACGCCGACCCUGCGGCUCGUCUUGGGGUGCAUGUUGAAGGCACAGACACCAGUGGGAAAGCAUUUGAGGGCUGGCUACAAUCAGAUGGGAAAAUGGUAGUACUUAGGAUGAAUACAUUUGUUGACUUGUUAGAAGGGGUGGAUUUAGAGACAUCAAUGAAGCUCCCUAGACGAUGGGCACCUCACCCUAAACCAGGACAGGCCAGGGGUAACAAUAAGCCGUUCUAUACCUCUGACAACCUUGACGAGAUGGGAGAUGUUGGUAUUGAUGAGAUGAAGAAAUAA